AUGUUCAUACGCCAGCUGGUGGUCGUCCUGCCGGACAACACCUGGGUUCUGCCGAUCUGGUACUGUCGGGUGCCUCCAGGUUUCCGCUGGAUCGGCCCCGAUGAUGUCUCGGCUGGGCUGUACACGAGAGACGGAGGCAAGACCUGGAACGAGAAGGCCGUCCCAGACUCCACCGGCUGUGUUCAUAUAAACACUGUCCCUCUUCCGCUCGACAAAGGCUAUCUUGCCUUCUACCGCAGUCGGUGGGCGGAUUGUAUCUACCGGUCCACCUCUUUUGACAGCAUUAACUGGAGCGCGCCUGAGUGGACGUCACUCCCAAAUCCGAAUUCGGGCAUCUGCGCCACAGCACUACCUAACGGUGAUGUCGUGAUGGUCUUCAAUGAUUCUAGCACGUAUCUCGGCAUGGAGCUACGAGAAGGUCUCUACGACAAUAUCAUCCCUGCCGAAGACCCGCGAGUGAAUCAGCCGGAAGGGUCCAACGGCAAGGUCGCCAUCUGGGGCACGCCAAGAAAGGCGCUCUCGGUCGGUAUCUCAAGGGACGAAGGCAAGACUUGGAGGUAUAGGGUCCUGGAGGAUGGCGAUGGCUUUUGCAUGACCAAUGAUUCGAAAGGGCGCUCGAACCGAGAGCUCAGCUACCCGAGUAUAUACUUUGACAGAUCUGAGGGGGAUAAAGGGGUGCAUAUUUCGUAUACUCAUCAUCGUCAGAGUAUUCGAUAUGUACACAUUGACGAUGUAGCUCAGUUCGUAGGUGAAUGA